AAUUUCAUUAUUAGCCAGCCCAAUUUGCUAUUCUUUCUUCUCUGGGAAUCUUCGUUUUUCUUUCUCCAGUUUUGGAGUUUUCUCGAGUCUUUUUAUUUUCGCUCCAUUUUGUACGCCUUCUGGGUUUGUGUUCACAUACGUAAAGCUCUUAUCUUUCUUUUAUGCUUUUAAUCGAAGAUUAUAGAGCUGAGUGAGGUGUUGGUUUCUUGUGUUUUAAUGGGAGCUUGUUUCAGCAAUCAGAUCAGAACAGAUAUUGCUUCCAGUACAUGGCUAAGUUCGAAAUUCUUGAGUAGAGAUACGAGCAAGGGCUCGUCGAAUACUUCCUUCUCUCAUAUGCCACGAACAGAAGGCGAGAUCUUGCAAAAUGCUAAUCUGAAGAACUUUAGCCUCAGUGAACUAAAAUCUUCAACAAGGAAUUUCCGGCCUGAUAGUGUGGUUGGUGAAGGUGGAUUUGGUUGCGUUUUCAAAGGAUGGAUCGAUGAGACUACCUUCGCUCCUUCUAAACCAGGGACCGGUAUCGUCAUUGCAGUGAAAAGGCUCAACCAAGAAGGGUUUCAAGGUCAUCGAGAAUGGCUGGCUGAGAUCAAUUACUUGGGUCAGCUGGAUCAUCCUAACCUUGUGAAACUGAUUGGAUACUGCUUGGAAGAAGAGCAUAGGCUUCUUGUAUACGAAUUCAUGCCUCGUGGUAGUCUCGAGAAUCACUUGUUCAGAAGAGGAACAUUCUUUCAGCCAAUUCCAUGGAACACGCGGAUUCGAAUAACUCUAGGUGCAGCUAGAGGACUCGCUUUUCUUCACAAUGCUCAACCGCAAGUUAUAUACCGAGACUUCAAAGCAUCCAACAUCUUGCUAGAUUCGAACUACAAUGCAAAGCUUUCAGAUUUCGGUUUGGCCAGAGAUGGUCCAAUGGGUGACAAUAGCCAUGUCUCCACCAGAGUCAUGGGGACUCAGGGAUACGCUGCUCCAGAGUAUCUAGCUACAGGUCAUUUAUCGGCGAAGAGCGAUGUGUACAGUUUCGGGGUUGUGUUACUUGAGUUGUUAUCAGGAAGACGAGCAAUCGACAAGAACCAACCAGUUGGAGAACACAAUCUAGUGGAUUGGGCAAAACCUUACUUAACAAACAAAAGAAGGCUUCUACGAGUGAUGGAUCCUCGUCUUCAAGGUCAAUACUCACUAACCCGAGCUUUGAAAAUUGCAAUUCUUGCACUCGAUUGCAUAUCCAUAGAUGCCAAGAGUAGACCGACCAUGAAUGAUAUCGUCAAGACACUUGAACAACUCCAUGUCCAAAAGGAAACACCAAAAGAGCAGCAGAAUGUCCAACACAACAGUGACAACAACAACAACAGUAACAAAUCUCCAUGUAGCAAAUCUCCGCAGGCUGUGAAUUAUCCUAGGCCUUCAAUUAUGUAACAAAUUAAAAAAAAAAAAGGAGCGGUUUUUUACUGGGUUUUAGAGAUGUAUAGACUCUUUUUACUUUAUAUUGGUUAGGUCUCAUGCUGUAUGGUAGAAACGAAAAAAGGGUCUCUCUUUUUCUUUUUCCCACUUUCCUGGAAGUGUAAUGGAGAGAAACAAACUUAAUAGUU